AUGCAGCCUAACGGCUCCAGCCUCCCGAAGAAGAGCCUCAAUGUCGAGUCGCCAGCUUUCACGCCAAACUUCACGCCGAAGAUAUCCGCUGCGCAGCCUGUCAAAAGUUUCGGCAUAUCGCCGAAAUUUGCAACUGCAGCCGCUUUCACGCCAAGUGGUUCCGGCACACUCACGCCAUCCCACAUGAAAGCACCGUCCGACGAGUUUAUCACACCGCAUUCAUUCCAACCCGCUCAACAGUUCGCAGAGUUUGUGCCAGGCCAGAGCUUCAUGUCACCAUCCCAGAUAGAACAUUCACCGCAGAUCCAACCGCAAAUCAAUCCAUACAAUGACCCUUUCAUGCCGCAGCAAAGCCUUCACCAAGCCAUACCGAGCCUUGACGGCUCGCAGCAAACGAUCAAUCCGUAUGCGACUACUGCGCAAACGGUUGCUGGACAGCCAUUCUACCCAGAUAACAAUAGCUACAAGCACCCUCUAAACUACCAUCUGUACGCCUCAGUAGGUCCGCGCCGCGAGAAUAUGCAGCCGUAUCAGAGAGCGUCAGCCGACUUCUUCAUCCCCGACAAUCUGCGCGAAGACUUGCAGAAGAAGUCCGAAGCCGCACUGCAGACCUUCGCGAACAGCACGCUUCCGCAGAGUGUGGAGUACUUCCAUUCUCUCGUUGCGCUAGACACUACCAGCCAACGAGGCACUUCCACCUACGGAUACCCUAGCUGGAUAUACAAGGCCACUUCCAGCAAAGACGGACACACGUACGCACUGCGCCGGAUCGAAGGCUUUCGACUUACGAACGAGCAAGCCAUCCGUAGCUUCCACGCCUGGAAGCGAGUUAACAGUGCCAGCAUCGUGCAAGUUCACGACGCCUUCACCGGCCGAUGGUUCGGCGAUAGCUCGCUGAUCGUCGUGACCGACUAUCAUCCCCUGGCGCAGACGCUGGCCGACAAACACUUCACCUCCUCCCGGCCCAACAGGACAAGCGCGCAGUUUGUACCUGAGAGCGAGCUGUGGAGCUAUAUAGUCCAGCUCGCGAGCGCGCUCAAGACUAUACAUGAAGCCGGCCUGGCGGCGCAGACCGUCAUGGCCUCAAAAGUUCUGCUAACGUCCAAGAACCGGCUCCGUUUGAGUGGAUGCGGCGUGCUCGAUAUCCUUCAAUACGAACAACGCCGGCCCGUCACCGAACUCCAACGCGUCGACCUCGAAGACCUGGGUCGCUUAAUCCUAGGCGUCGCCGCACGCAACCCCACCGCUCACCAAAGUGUCGACAAAAGCCUACAAUUCAUCAGCCGAACAUACAGCGAACGCUUCCGGCUCUGUCUCGCCUGGCUGCUCACUCCACCAUCCCAAUCCGCAUCACACAGUCCGCUUUCGCCAACGACAACACCACCCAGCGACCAGGCACCCUCCGCAAGCGAACACAACAUCAACAGCCUCCUGACCAACAUCGCAGAUAAAGUCGUCGCCACCCUAGACAGCACGCUCCACUACGAAGACGAGCUAACCAACAACCUCAUGCGCGAGCUCGAGAACGGGCGUCUCGUUCGCCUCCUAACCAAACUAAAUGUCAUCCUUGAACGACCCGAAACCACCACCACCGGCCCUACCACCGGCCCCACCAACACCAGCACCACCAGCAGCAAUAACAGCAACGCCUGGUCCGAAACAGGCGAGCGCUACUACCUCAAGCUCUUCCGCGACUACGUCUUCCACCAAAUCGACCACGAAGGCCGCCCCGUGCUGGAUCUGGGCCAUAUCGUCACGUGUCUGAAUAAACUGGAUGUCGGGGUGGAGGAGCGGGUGCAGUUGGUUAGUCGGGAUGAGCAGAAUGUUUUUGUGGUGAGUUAUCGCGAGGUGAAGAGGGGGUUUGAGGCGGCUUGGGGGGAGAUUAGUAAGGCGGCUGCUGGGGGUAGGAGGUGA